UUAAAUUGUAGAAGCCGCAUUCUGCAAUUGGGCCUCGUUGAAUCAGGUCCGGUUAGAUGCUCUCCAACUUAAAAACAAGAGCUUUCGAAAUAGACCCACCGGAAGAUCCGCAGACUGGAUUUGAGAUUCUCGCUGGACGAAGAGCAAAGAACCCUAGCUAGUUUGCUGAGUUAGAUUGGCCUAAGAAGGCUCAGCCAACCUCUGCUUUUACUCCGGUAAUUGACACUCGUCGGGUCCCCUCCACCUUUCCUGCCUUUCAAUUCUUUGAUGACAAGCGCUUGGACAAAUUAGGAGCUUUUGCAAUGAUGCAUAGGGGGAAAUAGGAAGGGAGUGAGAGAAUCUGAGUGGAAAUCUUGGGUUCUGGGUUGUCUAAUAGUUGGAGAUUGUUUCUCCCUUUGUGAAGCUCUUGCAAAAUGUUCAUGGGUGGAUGAGGAGGGCUAAUUAAGUUUCGAAUCUUGUUAUAGCUUUGCGGAGCUUCUUUGGAGCAAAUGGGCAAUGGAGCUUGUGGAGCACCGCUCUCUGUUGGAGGAAUUGCUCACUUGGUGUCAGCUUGAUGCUUUUUAGUUUGCAAUCAUACAUAGGGGUAUAGGAAGGUAGUUGGAAAAUCAUGGUGGAGUUUCUGGUUUUGUUUCAUUUUAUGAUUGGCGAUUGUUGCUUCCUUAUGAAGCACUGGCAAAAUGUUCAUGGGAGGAUGAGGAGACCAAAUUAAGUUACUAAUAUUUUAUACCUUGUGGAGCAUCUUUGGAGCAAAUGAGCUAUGGAGCUUGUGGAGCACAGCUCUCUGUUUGAGGAAUUGCUCUCUUGAAGUGCUGGUUUUUGGUUUUGCAAUAACCUUUUGUCCUUAUCUUCAGAGUAGAUGUUGAUGACAAUUGAGAUAUUUUUAUUAACUUUUUUCUAUUACUGAAAAUGAGUGGUCGCUUCUCUCGCACAAUCUAUGUUGGCAACCUACCCUCUGAUAUCAGAGAAUGGGAGGUCGAAGAUCUAUUCUACAAGUAUGGUCGUAUUUUGGAUAUCGAAUUGAAGAUCCCGCCACGCCCUCCAUGUUAUUGUUUUGUUGAGUUUGACAAUUCAAGGGAUGCUGAAGAUGCAAUUAGGGGUCGAGAUGGUUACAACUUUGAUGGUUGUCGUUUGAGGGUUGAGCUUGCUCAUGGUGGCAGAGGACAAUCCUCAAGUGAUCGUCGGGGUGGAUAUGGAGGGGGUGCAGCUAAAUUUGGCGUCUCAAGACAUUCUGAAUAUCGAGUUAUUGUCCGUGGGCUCCCCUCUUCUGCUUCCUGGCAAGAUUUGAAGGAUCACAUGCGAAAAGCUGGUGAUGUGUGUUUUGCCGAAAUUUCGCGUGACAGUGAUGGAACUUUUGGUAUUGUUGAUUAUACCAAUUAUGAUGACAUGAAAUAUGCCAUCCGCAAACUUGAUGACACCGAGUUUAGAAAUCCUUGGGCAAGGGCUUAUAUUCGGGUGAAGAGAUAUGAGAGCAGUCCAUCCAGGAGCCGAAGUAGAAGCCGCAGCGUUAGAAGAGAUCGGAGUAGAUCAAGGGAACGGUCUGCAUCCAAAUCUCCAGUUAAAUCCAGAUCUGCCUCCCCUGUUAAGUCACCCAGAGCAAGAUCGAGAUCAAAGUCAAGGUCAAGGUCAAGGUCAGGAUCUCCUGAAAAGGCCCAACCGGUUAGCGACUGAUGCACAUACAACAAUAUACGUCCAAAAUCCAGCUUGGCUAAGCUGAAUUGAGUAUAAGGGGAAAGUUGAUUGCAUCCUAUCUAAGGAGAGUAUUGCUGGGUACUGUCUAUGAAGACAAUGUAGGUAUUAAUGGAGUUUGUGGUGAUGUUGCAUGAAUUUAUAUAGAACUGUUGGAUGAUGAACUGAGUUGGAUCAUUUUGUCAUUUUGAUAGUAACCUUUUUUUUUUUUUUCAAAUUUUAUUCAUCUUUUCAUGGUUUUCGACCGCGAAA